GAGCGCUCCGGGAGGAGCCGCGCUCGCCGCCUCGGAGGAGGGCGGUGGUGUGAGGAGCUGGUAUGGUGCAGAGUCGUCGGGCAGAGCCGGCGCGGACGCGGCGGUCGCGGCCAUGAAGGCGGGCGCUACAUCUAUGUGGGCUUCAUGCUGUGGGCUGCUGAAUGAAGUCAUGGGAACCGGAGCUGUCAGGGGCCAGCAGUCAGGAUUUGCAGGAGGCACUGGGCCCUUCAGAUUUACACCAAACUCUGAUUUUUCCGCAUACCCACCAGCACCUACAGAAGGGCCUAAUAUAGUUUGCAAAGCCUGUGGACUUUCAUUUUCCGUCUUUAGAAAGAAGCACGUAUGUUGUGACUGCAAGAAGGAUUUUUGCUCCGUUUGUUCAGUCUUACAAGAAAAUCUCCGUAGAUGUUCCACUUGUCACUUACUACAGGAGACGUCCUUUCAGCGCCCUCAGUUAAUGCGACUGAAAGUCAAGGAUCUACGGCAGUAUCUCAUUCUCAGAAACAUCCCAAUUGAUACCUGUCGAGAAAAAGAAGACUUGGUCGAUCUGGUACUGUGCCAUCACGGGCUAGGGGCAGAGGACGACAUGGACACAAGCAGUCUCAAUUCCUCCAGGUCGCAGACUUCUAGCUUUUUUACACAUUCGUUCUUUUCAAACUAUACAGCACCCUCGGCUACCUUGUCUUCAUUUCAGGGAGAGCUAAUGGGUGGAGACCGGACCUUCGGAUCUGGAACGUUGGCACAGGUACAAAGUGAAAUCGCUUCAGCAAACACAGAAGAUGAUGUUGACGAUGAUGACGACGACGACGAUGAUGAUGAAAACUUGGAGGAGAGGACACCUGGCCUCUCUAAAAAGCGAGUGAGAGCUUCGCUGUCUGACCUGUCAAGCCUUGAGGACGUGGAAGGGAUGAGUGUGCGCCAGCUGAAGGAAAUCCUGGCUCGGAACUUUGUCAAUUAUUCUGGCUGCUGCGAAAAAUGGGAACUGGUAGAGAAAGUGAACCGGCUGUACAAAGAGAACGAAGAAAACCAGAAGUCCUAUGGCGAACGACUACAGCUGCAGGACGAGGAGGACGAUAGCCUGUGCCGCAUCUGCAUGGAUGCUGUCAUCGACUGUGUCUUGCUGGAAUGUGGCCACAUGGUUACCUGCACCAAGUGUGGCAAGCGCAUGAGUGAGUGUCCUAUCUGCCGGCAGUACGUGGUGCGUGCUGUGCACGUGUUCAAGUCCUGAGGUGCGCUCUGGCCCCGAUCCCAAGCCCAGACAUUUCAGUGCACAGAAGGAACUGGAAAGUUAUUGUUCAAAAACUGAUUAUUUUUAAAAAUUAUUUUCACUACUAACUGGAGACAAAGAUUCGUCUUAAGUUGUGGCAACACUGGUCCACACCAUAAAGCAGAGAGACAGGCCUUUUUCCCAGGUUCUUCCGGCUCCAUCCCAUGUCCACAAUCACUACUUGCUGAAUUCCUCCUUGCUGAAGUCCAACUGCUUAGGGCACCGGGUAGUGCUCUGAGGAGGACCUUUAUUCCGUUCCCUUUGGAUGAGAUCACUGUCCACAAAUGGCCACUGUGGUUCAGGCCUCAGAAGUGGCUCCUCUCAAAAUUCACUUUAUUAGUCAUGUAUAUUUUAAAUGCUACUAUUUGAUGAAUGUAAGUUUCCACAUUGUUGCUAUUUCUGCUUUUAAAUUUAAAUGGGAACAACUGACAUUCUGUAGUUAACUGCCAGGGCCUUAGACUAAGUAUGUUAGUUUCUGUUCAGUUACAGCUUUUUAUAGCAAGGGCUGCAUCUAGCUUCUUUCAUUAGAAGUGUGUGUACUGUUUUGUAUAGUGAAAGUGUAUUUUCAGUGCUACCCGCUAGCUAAUUUGGACU